UUUUUCAACUCGUCAGUAUUUUUAGGUUAUUGAAUGAGUAGCUUUUAAAGAAAACUGUGUUUUAUUUUAUCUUAAAAACCAAGUAUACACUUUUUGUCUUACCUGCUCAUGCAGGUGCGCGGCAAUAAUUAUUGCGGCAGCAGUGCACGAGGUAUAUUAUUAAUUUAACGGAGAGACUUGAAUUGUCGCACUCUGGUAAACUAUAUAUAUGUAAUUAUAGGUAUAUCUAAUUCAAAAUUGUGAGAGGAACGGAACUCUUGUCUUCAAUUGUUCCCGUUCGCCGUAUGUUAUAUAUGUUUAAGGUAUAUAAGUGGUAAUUAGUGGUAAUACUAUUGUAACAAGCUUUGGUUGGUAACUUGCUCGAAACGUCGAAGUUCUUAUAUUUUUUCAGGUAGUUGCAUCCCUACCAGACGAAGGACCUUCGCUCGAAACGCAGUCGAAAUUCUCUUUAUAUUUUCCAAGUAGUCGCACCUCUAUACCAACCGGAGUGCAUGUUAAUAUUAUUGGCACUACCUACACUGGCACAGGCAGUUAAUUCUAUAUAAGCGUGGAAUAUUUUUUGACAAUGGCAAGGACUUCUGUAUUAUUCUGUCGUCUAUAUACUUUGUGCAUCAAUAUAAUUAUGAUCACAAUGUAAAUGAUAUAGAUGUUCCACCAGCAUCCUAUUACCACUUCAAAGAUAAAUUAUAAAGUCUAUAAAUACGAUCUUCCUGCUAUACUUGUUUCGUAUUUCAACAGGCUCGACAAGACAACAGCUCGCAAUUGGUGUCUACUUGGUCUUUAUGAAAACAUCUAAACAGAUGACAAAAGAAACAAAGUGAGACGAAACAAUUAAACGAUGCUGGAAUCAUUAAAUCAAUUUACAAAGUUUUUGUUCAUACUCAUGCUGCUUGCACGUAUCAGCGUCAGUCAACCGAAGGAAUCUAAGGAUGCUGCGAAGUGUGCAACCAAAUGUGUCAACGAUAUGGAGAAACUGGCUCAAUUAAAGCAAGCGUGUAAAACAAUGACUUUGUCAAAAUGUAUAUUCGAUGCAAGAACGGAGAGGAUCCCUAAAUCAGGCAGGAGAUGCUUCCGUGUUAAUGCCCAUCGAAGUUCAACGCAAAUUGAGUGUGUUCAAGUCCUUCGGAAUACUACAUCGCAAAUAAAGUAUUGUUCUACAUUUGUGUAUUUUUGCAUUUACCAGAAAGAUGGUGCUCAUUCCAUUCAAAAAAGAGAUAUAACGGCGGAACAGAAUAUAACAAACACUCCACGUGCAAAUACAACAAAAUUUAGUCCUACUGCAAAAAACAUUAGCCUACAUCGUGCUUCAGCACUGGCCACGAGCCCAAAUUCGGCAAAAACAUCGACAACAACGACACAGCCGACUGAACAAAGUACUUCACACACAUCGUCUACACCAAAUACUGCAUUCAUGACUCUAAAAGACUUUUUUGGGCAUUGGAAGAAUGCUUGUUACGUUGCUGUUGGUGGAUUAGUGUUGAUCCUUGCAAUCGUAGUAGUUUUGUGUAAGUGCCGCAAGAGAAAAAACUCUGGUAUUAAUACAGUGGAAAUACGAUCAGUCGUUUCUCCGACCUCAACACUGGGUGAAAGCGAGGUUGAAAGUAUCAAACUAACCACUGAACUAACUCAUACAGUAGAAGUACGGUCAGUUUCUCCGACGCCAACACCUGUUUCAAACGAAGUUCAACUGAAUAGCCCUAUAUACUGUGAAACAGAUACCUUUCAAUUCCCGAGCAGCCAACCACGCGGAGAAACAAAUGAAACAGUCGAGGCAGAAGUGAGUGAACCUACCGACGUUGAGAAUAAUUCAGAAGAUGAAUAUUGCUGUCCUGAAAAUAUCGAAGAUGAAUAUGAAACUAUGAAUUCAGUCGUUCCACCUCAAGCCAGUGGGGUAUACGCGUACGCGUAUGACCAUGUAAAUAUAAACGCGAGUUAUGUGAACACCUUUCCACACCAGCAACAAACAAGCGGAGUUGAAGACGACGAUUAUGAAUACCCGCAGAACCGCAGGAGUUCUUCAGAUAACGAAUAUCGUUAUGCGUAUGAUUGGCUGGAUCCUGGUGCUAGAGUUGCAGCAUUGAGCGCCAGUGAACCUGUGGAGGACGAGAAUUAUUAUGAGAAUUGUCAAACAUUGUUGCAAAAUAAUCUUGAAAAAGAAAACGAAAUUGUAACUCUUGAAUACGUUGCCGUCCUGUGAGACAUGACGUUUUAUAAAACAUCUUUACAUGCCUGUUCAACUGGCGAAUUGUUUUCAAUGCAUGGAAAAUGGAACGUGGGAUAUGAUUAAUGAGAAUCCAUUGUUAAAAACACGACUUAUAUGCAGAGUGGACCUUUGCACGUAUAUGCCAACUAGCUGACACAAAGUGCAUUGACAUAUAUGGACAUUGAUUCGCUGACUGUACAAUCAAAUCCUGCUUUAGUCAAUUAAAUUUCGCAACGCAACGUUGGUUAAAUUAAUUCCUAAAUUUCCAUAUCCACCGCAUCGUAACCGACCUAAGAAUUUACUUUUGUAUACAUAGAAAUCAUUAGCGCCACAUUAGAACUUAGAAAACACAGAAUUACUAUAUAUUUCGUUACGAUAUGACGUGACACGGCAAUUUAAUUUCAAGUAUACUUGUGAAACAGGGUGUGUAUACUUGCUGUAUAUAUUGUGUAUAUAAAUAUAGUUGUUAUCGGAAACUGUAUUGUAACUUACACACCCCCACCUGUUUGGGCGAAUACAGUUAAGUUCCUGUCAGUUUUCAGUUCCUUGUAGUUGAACUGUUGAAGCCGCUAAUUUUUGCCAUUGAAUGUGUGUAACUGUAAUUGUAACUGUUGUGUUAUCAUUACCUUCUCUGUGGUCGUCAAUGUAUUCAGCUUAAAUGAAGUACGAGCGCUGAUUCGCCGCUUGUUUACACCAUCAAAAUUUCUUUGAUCAAAGUAUGACAUUUCAAAUCGAACAUUUGAUUCCAAACAAAGAGGUCACAAGCCUCUCAAGACACUAGAAUUAUGUAAAUCAGUUAUAUUGCCAAAUUAAACGACUGGGAUCAACAUUUUCUUCACCAGUUUAUUCUAGACUCCGGCACAGACAUUAUAAGUGAAAACAUUGUUGGGAAAAUAUCCCUGGAAAGUGAUUCCCAAAUAUCACGGCAGUUGCCAGCUUUUUUGAAAGCAAUAUUAAGAAUAACAUCCUGAGCGUAGGUGGUGAUCUAUCGUGGUGAUGAACAGUAAAGGAAGAGUGCAGUGGCGCAGGAACCGUGGGCGGGGGGGGGGGUCACGGGGGCACAUACUCCCCCGAAUUUUUCUCAUUGUGCCAUUUUCUAAAUACAAGAGGUGCGAAAGUUCUUGUUAUAUUUUUCUAGCAGUUUGAUCUUGUAAUCUUUUAAGCAAAAUAUGAAACUGGUUAUUCAAAAGAUAUGAAUAUUUUUGUGAGCUGACUGAGUGUAAAGUAGCCUAUAUCACGUCUGCUAUGGUUUGUUCAGUACACGUCUGCGAAGGAGGUAUACACAUUGUUUUGGCUAAUAAAACCUAUUUUCCACUAAACCAGUUUGUUCAGCGAAGCAAAUAUUUCCCUUAUCGCCAUCCACUUUGUCGCCAUCGCAAGCGAUGCCUACAAAUCGUGGAAGGGUCUGAAAUAUUAGAUUAAGAUUAAGCUAUUCUUCAAUAUGUUCACCUCAGAACUUGAACAUUUGCGCGUGAAAAUCCUUCAAAGCCGCGUCAUUUGGGC